AUGCAUACCAAUGACCCCGAAUUUAAAAGUCAUUUUGCGCUGAAAAUAAAGUUAAAAGCGUUGCACCUUUUUUGCGAGGACUUAAACGACGCGUUAAAGUUAAAAUUCAGGAUUUACUAUGAUGGCGAAGACGAGAGCAGUGUCCGCGUCUCCCCGGAGAGGGUUCGAGUGGUUGAGGCGUUGAACAGGGACUACAACACUAUGAUUAAGUCGAUCAUAAACAAGUCCAUUUACCUACCCAUCGUGUGCCUAAAAGGGAAGUGUCCUCAGUUCAUUAACAUUAUUUGUAGCAUUGGCAAAAGAAGAGAGAUAGGCCUAAAGCUAUACCUUAAUAAAAAUUAUGCCUUCUUAAAGUAUUACGGCACGAACAAACUGUACAGCAUAUAUGACUACGACAAUGGCAGUGUGCAAGGCCACCUGGAACUUGCACUGGACAUAGUCAACUGUAAUCGGUCCGUCCCCUACUUCGGGAGGGAGACUUCCAAAAUGGGGAAGGACGACCACUACAUUUUGGCAACUGAAAUUUCGGUCAGCAAAUUGUGGAAGGAGAUGGUGGCACAUAAAACGAACAGGGAUGUCAACGCUUACGUGGAGUCUUUUAGAAUAAUGCGGGAAGAUGGCUUAAGCGGAGUUGCGCUCACGGCGAUAGACAGGAAUACCCCCCUGAGUCUGUUCUGUGGCUCAGCCAAGCAUGCUUACGAGCACUUGCCAAUUCCAUUAAUAUGCCCCGCUGGCUUGUUUGAUUAUUUCUACAUGGAGGUGUUCCCUCUAUAUAAGAAGAGUAACCCAUCAUGGAUUAGGGUUGUUAACGAUGUAUAUGACAAGUACCUGUGCAGGCACUUCCAGAAAAAGGACAUGUACGAAGAGGUCCGAGCCUGUGCGCUCUUCUUCUACCUAGAGAGUGCAUUUGUUAAGGUGGCAGCAAGUUUUGCAAAAUGUGUUAUUAUCCAGGAGUAUACGAAGUACACCUCGCCGAGGUACCUUGACAAGCUGUUUGCAGGGAAGCCAAAAGAUAAGGUCCAGUUGGACGAGGACUUUAAAUACGAAAAAAUAUCUGGGGAGAGCCCCCUAGACGUUUUCAAGUUAUUUGAGGGAGAUGAGGUGUACGUAACACAUGACUCUUGUGUUGUAGCAGAGGGGCUCAUAGGGAUUCUCAUUUUUGGGGACGACCGAACGGACACGGACCUCGCGUGCAAGACGUACAACCGAGAAAUAAAGGCGCAGCAGUGGAUAAACAAAGGCAUAGCCAAGGUUAAAAGCCAAAAUUUAAAAGGGAUGACAAAGGAAUGCGGAAAAGGCAGAAUGGACGGGACGAUUUCCUUGUCCUUGUUGUCUUUCAACCUAAGCGCGCUUGUAUCCUACAAGGGGUUCAAAAUGUACGUCAUUCCGUCCCCCCUCUUUCCGCUGGCGGUUAGGAGGCUGGACGGGGUCAGUGGUGAUCUCAAACACGAAUUGAGGCUUCUGGAAAAGGCCAUACCCACUUAUGCACUGUUCAAGGGGGUGAAGGGGAAGGAAGCAUUUUUGGCCAAGUACCACUCGGAGGACAAUUACGUGUUCUACAAUAUUAACACAAUGUUCGGUGGGAUGAAGAAAAGGCAUUUUCCCAUUUUUGAAAAUUCACCAGGGGAAGCAUCCCACAUUAAGGAACAGAUGAAACAGGGGGGUUACAAGGCAAAAUCUUUUUACUCAAAUGACGUGGAGGUGAGAGGGGACCUCGACCUCUACUGUGAAGAAGAAGAGACAGAUGGAUGGGGUAGAGGUACAUAUGGGAAGAACUCAGAAAAAUAUAUUGAACGUGUCUUAAGGGAGAUUGAAAAUCUAUCCUUCAGUGUCCCAUUUGAUAGUACCUCAUUAAAAAUGUACUUACAUGGAAGGGGGUUAAAAAUGAAACACCUUGGGAAGAUGCUCAGUUGCGUAUCGGUUAGGUGGCUAUACGAUAUGAUACUAAAUGAGAUUCUAAUUCGUUGUAUUAAAAAGUAUGUCCAUUUGUGCAUGCGUGAGAUCUGCUUGUUUUGUAAAGAGAGAGUAAGUCAAUAUGAGCGGUUACAGGGUGGGGAUUUGUGCGCAGCUAACUCACGUGCAGAGUUGGACUUUUCCGUGGAGUCAGAUUUGUCAAGUGAUGAAGUGGGGCAUGUAAAAGGGGAGACAUCACUGCCAAACGGUUGCGAUUCAGGUGGAGACAGCUCUACCUGCUCGGAGACGUCUUCUCUGCGCAGCGACGAUACGGACGGUACCUCCAAAUGGGGUUACAGCCAUUACCUGCUGAAAAAGAAAGAAACAAAACAGAAGCGUUGCUCAAGGAAGAAGGUACUGAAGUCAUUUAUAAGUAUGAGGAAUGUGCUUAGUAGGAAGGGGCUACUGAAGAGUCACUUGGAAAGCGCCUUGAGGGGGGGUAGUACUGGGCAAAGCAAUCCACAAGGGGGAAAUUCCCUUUUGAGCAAGCUCCUAAAUUUUGACUCCUUCGAAAAAUAUAUGAACGAAGAAAUGUACAUAAUAAAAAGGAAGAAGGUGAAGGGAGGCAUAAAAAUUGCAAGUAAAAAACACAAAGGAAGUGUAACUCUAAUUGAUAUAUUUAUAAUUAAUCUGUUCAAUCUGAUAUUCGUACAGGAGAGUGGAACAGACAGGGAUCUCCUAGCAGCUCUUCAAAAUAUAUCUUCAACGUGUUUUCACACCAGUGUAGAUAACUCUAUAGAGUCAGCUCAGAAAAAUUACUUGUAUGCAAAUUUGCAACCAUGUUUGGGGAUUUCCUUCUACGGCACAUGUGUUAAUCGGAUGAGUGCAAAAGGGAACUCACCUAAUGGGAAAUUUUCCAUGCAGCACUUGAAGGCAUAUAGGACAAAAAUUAAAAACUCCAUAAAUGUUACGUACAUGGAUUUGCCAACCUAUACGUAUACGCAUCGACCUGAAAAGAUACCUCUAGAUAUACCCAGCGAAAAUAAAAAAAUAUUAUCUAAGGCUAUUUUUUUUACCAUAAUGUAUUAUCAUCACUUAAGUGACAGUAACGAGGUGUACACGAAGAAGUCGUUCCUCACGGGUAGGGAAUUGCCCAGCAGGGGAAGCUCUGAAGAGGAAGACACAACGAAUCGACAUAAUUGGUCAUAUACAAUUAGGUUAAACUCUCUGCUUGCAUCAAACGAUAAUGUACCUUUUUGUAGUGACGCCAAUUAUCUAGCUCUUUAUGGCUUCUUAAAUAUGGUUGCUGUUGGUGUACAGCUUGGCUUUUUCGAAAGUGCUUUAAAAAGGCUUAUUGCCCUUUUUCAAUACAUCCCGGAAGAUAGUGUCAUCUCGGUGCAUGUCCGGAUUAUGUGCUUGUACAUUCAUGCGUUGAAGGGGAGGUACCUUCAGGGGGGUCGUGUACUGUGGGAUGAUGACAGGGGUAUGAAGAACAGGGCAGGGAAGCGAUAUAAAGGGGGUAAGGGAAAAUGGGUCUCUCACCACUCAAGGAAGCAUUCCGCAGAUGAAGAAUCCACGCAAGGGAGCUUCAGCUCAGUGUCCGGAAGGGGAGUGUUCCUCCUUGACGACGAAACGACUUCGCAGUGCGCAGAUUGCUCUGGUUGCAGCGACCUUUGGAGCGAGGCUGACAAGUCAGGGAGUGAAAUGAGACAAGUCGACCAUGGGGACAAGUCCAACUGCACGAAUGCACACCAGGAAAUGUGUUUCCCCUCAGAGGGCGCACUGGAUCUGUACAAGGGGAUUCAUGAAUGCUGCUCCGUCAUCUUGAACAACUACUUUGUCUUCUUCCACCCGAUGCACCUGGAUUUCUACCUGUCUCUGGCGUGGUACAACCGCAGCGUGAACAACUACCGCGAGUUCCUGCUGCUCCUCCGAACGGCCAUUCUUCUUCAGCUGAAAAUGAAAUUGAAGAAUGACUCCACAGAAAGGAUCGAAGAUGUGGUGAAGCUCAGUGACAAUUUUGAAAAUCUGGUUUACUUCAAUUUUGAACUUUCUUCGUGUAGGGGGAGGGGGUUGAGGAAGGAAAAGGAGUACGUGCUCCUGGAGAGGAUCCGAAAUGUUUCUAGCUUUUUUCUAAACAGCAUAUGCUACCCCCAUGAGGAUUUAUUUGUACACGCUACUUUGGAGACCACGAUGAAGUGCUCCUCGGUGUAUAACAUGCGUCUGGGUUGCACUGUGCACCAUUUUGCCAACUCAUUAUUUUAUUACUACUACACUAAUAGGGUUAUUAGGAAGUACCGACAUGAGAACUUCAUCCUGAAUGGGUCUCUGUGUUGCAUCUCUGUGUUGGAGCAUGUGCGUGAUGUAUAUUACUCGUUCGGCGCAGACAAUGUGUAUGUGGGAGAAGCGUCAUUGGACCUGUCGCUGAUGGCUUUGAAGACUUACUUGAGCGAGAUGACAGAGUUUGGUGGGAAUUGCGUAAUGGCAUACGCGCUGGUGAACGCGCGGCUCGCGGCGGAGCGCUUCCGGCGGAACCUCGGAAUAAACCACCCCGACACGCUACACAGCCAGUAUGUGCUGAGCCUGGUCUACAUGUACCUGGACAGUGAGAAGUGUCUUCAUAUGUUCGAAGAAAUAAUUUACUACCUGCUCAAUUACAAGUACUCGAAUAAGGACAAAAACAUAUUGAAUCGGGUCUACUGUCAUGCCCCAGAUUUAGUCUUAACACAAGAAGGGGUUCACUCCACAGGGGGAAUCCCCAAGAGGUGUAGAAUCAUGUGGUACCUUUUGCACUCCUGGUUUAGCAUUUGCAUCCCUAUCAAGUACCUGCGUAAAAUACGAAGAAUUUUGUUUCUGCUUUUUUCUGUGGAGAGCUGUAGGAGGAGAAGAAGUCAAGUUGGGGGAGGAAGGUACUCAGGUACAGGAGGUUCUCACAUUGAACACGGAUGGGUUAACCGAUCUGAUGACUUCCUUGGUGGGAAUGUUUUGUGGGCCUGUUCAAAGGAUGUCGAUGAGGAACAUAUAUUCCCCUUUGAGCAACUGGUCUCCUGUAUAUGUGGGUAUAAAAACAUUUUCCCCCUCCAAGGGUUGUUUAGCCAAAUGGAAGAAUAUAACGACCUGCUCAAAUGUAAUAAGCACGUGGUGGAGGGGACAACAAGUAGGAUGGAAGAAUUUGGUAGCAGAGACGGGGUAACCGCCGCGGAGACAUUCGAUGCUGCGUAUGAUAUUCGAUUAUUACCUUUACUUCUAAGCAGAGUUGAGACAGGGAAUGACAACAGGACGGACGCCUUUUCUGGUGCAUUGGUAAAAAGUGGUUUGAAGUACAAAAAGGAGUUUGUGAAUUAUGUGCACCAUCCUGACUUUCGAACUGAUGAGGGUGUGGAGGAUUAUCUUAAGAGGGAGACCCAAAAAGGUACUACAAAGAGGAGAAAAAGCGUCACAGAUUUUUACUUGAAGAAAUUAAUAAAAAUGGUGGAACACCAAGUGGAGGUGCUUUACAAGAGGGAGAAAUACAAACAUGACACGAAGCUACAUUUGUCCACUAGAACAAAUAAAUCGUGUGCAAGUUUGCCUUUACGUAUUGUGAAAGGAAAGAGAAGCGAAAGGGAUAAUGACACAGAGGGCUGUUCUGUUGUGUGGAAUGCACGAAGGGGAACCUUCCAAAGGAGAGAAGUGGAUAGUUCUUCUUUAAGUUCAGAAAAUUUCGGUGAUUACUCGGGUGUCCGUUCUAUUAGCUGUGGAGAGAAUUCCUCCAGUGGGUUGAGGAACAAUCCAAGUGGCCAUAAACGGGAGAGACGCCGAUCAGAGCAUGUGCAGGCUACACGGACGAGGAAGUUGAGAGCUGCUUCCCUGGUGAACAACGAUGUGCACAUCCUGAUGAGCUUGCUGUACCACUUUCUCAACAAGGACAAGUUUCACCUGUUCUAUUCGCGCGCGGCGGAUGGGGAGUGA